UUGAUGAUCAUGUCUAACAGGGUGGAGAUCAGAAAGAAGGCUCGAGAUAUAGAGCUUUGGGAACUAAGGCAAAUGCUGCAGGAUCCGAGUAUUGAUAUUUUGAAUGAUGUUGAUGCCAAGUUCGAGAAAGACCCUGAUAGAAUAAUCACGGAACUUGAAUUAAAACAUAAAAAACCUCAAAACGAUUUUAUAAAUAAACCAUCGUUACCCAAAGGUUCUGAAGCUCCGAGGGAAUUACGAAGAAAAGAAUUUGUUUUAAGAAAUUCAACUUUAACAAAUCUUUGGAGAAGCCCUAACGUACGCUCUUUAUACAACUUAAUUCUUGCUUUUUUUGUAUUCCUGUACCUGCACAUCGCUAUCUUCUAUUACUUUAAUGUCGAACGGUUCAAAAGAGAUUUAGCAUUGGUUUCAUGGUCAUUUGGUCAGUUUCACAUUGUUACUGCCGUAUGGAUUGGCAUCAACUUAUCGAUUGUUUUCUUUUUACAUCCUGUCUUUCGAUUCUGGGCUUCUUCUAGAGCAUUUGCGAAGAAGAAGGGCCUUUAUGAUUUGAUGUUUUGCACUUUAUUCGUUUUGUAUGAAGCGGCUUUGCUGAUAAUUCCACCAAAAAUAAUCAUAGACUACAAUAUACCACCCGCAUCAUCUUGCGCGUUAGCAAUGGAACAGUCUAGACUUUUUAUGAAGAGUUAUGCAUUUGUUCGAGAAAACAUUACCAGAGUUUUAAAGUAUAAGCUCCAUCAAGAUGAUGAUGAGGAAUCAAACUCACCUCCUUGUCCAGAAGUAGGAAAACUGAUAUAUUUUUUAUUUGCACCGACAUUAAUUUACAGGGAUAGCUAUCCAAGAACAUCUGGUAUUCGCUGGGGUUUCGUUGCCUGGAAUCUUUUGCAAUUAUUUCUUAUUGUAUUGGGUGACUAUAUUGUCUACAUUUGUUUCUUAGCGAAUAGCUUCAACAAGGCGGGCAUUGAACCCAUACCCAUCACUCAUUUUGUGUGUUUGAUGGCUAUUGCAAUCUUCGCAGGUAGUAUGAUCUCGUUCGUAACGUUUUAUCCCAUAUUACACUGUUUGCCGAAUGCUUUUGCUGAAAUGCUGAGGUUUGGCGACAGAUUGUUUUAUGAAGAUUGGUGGAACUGUACUUCCUAUACAAAAUUUUACCGAUCUUGGAAUAUACUUGUGCAUGAUUGGCUGUACUUCUACAUAUAUUGUGAUAUAUACGCUAUUUUGAAAAGCAGAACUGUUGCUAUGGUGUCAGUUUUUAUGCUAUCUGCAAUUGUUCAUGAAUAUAUCGUAGCCGUUUCUCUCAGAUUUAUAUUCCCUCCUUUAUUCACAUUAUUUUACAUAGCUGGUAUUAUAUUCAUUUUUAUGACUCGAAGAAGAACCUCAAACUUCUGGAACUUUUUCCUUUGGUUUACCUUGUUGCUAGGAUAUGGACUUUUACUAGUUUUCUACUCUUUGGAAAUGUCUACCAGGAUCAACUGCCCGAGGAUUUUAGAUUCUUGGCUAGACUAUGCAGUUCCUCGGUUUCUCCAUUGCAAUGUGAUAUCUUUCCCAGUUUAGCGUAAAAGUUUAGUUAAAAAGUUUUUUUAGUAAAAAUAUAACAAUCUAACUCGACCUGUAUUCUAAAUAAAUAGAAUUCCAGACAAUUAACUCAAAAUUUAAUUUUGGAUAUAUGUCUAACAUGUAUUUGGAAAUAGAGUGCCUCUAAUUUUGGGAGACUUAUUUAUGUAAUAUUGUAAAUUAGAAAUUUUCGAAUAUGUCCAAACUUAUUUGAAUAUCAUUAAGAGUGUAUCUCACUUUCUUUAAUUAUAAACAAACUUUUAAAUCGAUGAAAUUAAGUAUGUCUU